CCUGCCCGCAUUCAAUAUGGCGACUUGGGGCUGAAUAGCAGUAGUUUCAUCUGCUUUUCUGUAGAUGUACAUAUGAAUGUGUUUACCAAAUAGUUUUUUUUUUAUUGCAACAGUUUUCCAUUUCACGCUAAAUAUCACUGCAGCCUGCUGAGAAUGACGAAUAGAACGGCAUAUUUUUACGAUCCCGAUGUAGGCAACUUCCAUUACGGUGCUGGACAUCCCAUGAAACCUCACCGCCUGUCUCUCACUCACAGUCUGGUAUUGCACUAUGGACUCUACAAGAAGAUGAUGGUUUUUAAGCCGUACAAGGCCUCCCAGCAUGACAUGUGCCGUUUCCACUCGGAGGAUUACAUUGAUUUCCUGCAGAAAGUGAGUCCCAACAACAUGCAGGGGUUCACCAAAAGUCUGAAUACCUUCAAUGUAGGAGAUGACUGUCCCGUAUUUCCAGGGCUUUUUGAAUUCUGUUCAAGAUACACUGGAGCCUCAUUGCAAGGAGCAACACAGUUGAAUCAUAAGAUCUGUGAUAUUGCUAUUAACUGGGCUGGAGGUCUGCACCAUGCAAAGAAGUUUGAGGCUUCUGGAUUUUGCUACGUCAAUGAUAUUGUCAUCAGUAUACUUGAACUUCUAAAGUAUCAUCCUCGGGUUCUGUACAUCGAUAUUGAUAUCCACCACGGUGAUGGUGUGCAGGAGGCCUUUUACCUCACUGACAGAGUUAUGACUGUAUCAUUCCACAAGUAUGGAAACUACUUUUUUCCUGGGACAGGUGACAUGUAUGAGGUGGGAGCUGAGAGUGGCCGCUAUUACUGCCUAAAUGUGCCCCUUCGUGACGGCAUUGAUGAUCAGAGCUACAGGCACCUCUUUCAGCCAGUAAUCAAACAAGUAAUAGAUUAUUACCAGCCGACAUGUAUAGUUCUACAGUGUGGAGCCGAUUCUUUAGGGUGUGAUCGAUUAGGUUGUUUCAACCUUAGCAUACGUGGACACGGGGAGUGUGUUGAAUUUGUGAAAGGUUUCAAAAUCCCUUUAUUAGUACUUGGAGGAGGUGGAUACACGGUACGCAAUGUUGCACGUUGCUGGACAUAUGAAACUUCUUUGCUUGUUGAAGAAGCAAUCAGUGAUGAGUUGCCCUACAGUGAAUACUUCGAAUAUUUUGCUCCUGACUUUACUCUGCACCCUGAUGUUAGUACAAGGAUAGAGAAUCAGAACUCAAGACAGUACCUGGACCAGAUAAGGCAGACGGUGUUUGAGAACCUGAAGAUGCUUAAUCACGCGCCGAGUGUCCAGAUUCACGACGUUCCUUCAGACAUACUGAGCUACGAGAGGACAGACGAGGUUGACCCAGAUGAACGGGGAUCGGAGGACAACUACUCAAGACCAGAGCCAGCCAAUGAGUUCUAUGAUGGAGACCACGAUAAUGAUAAAGAAAGUGAUGUUGAGAUCUGAGGGGCCGGCUUUGGGAGGAGGUCGCCUUUUUAGUAGGUCCUAGAAUGAUAAGUGACUUGAACCCUGUUCCACUGGGAGCCCCUGCUCUGUGUGAUGCCCACAACAUUAACGUUACACGUCAUUCCAGUAACUGGGAUUUUCGGGACUGGCAUACUGCAAAAUGCUGAGAGUUGCAGCACUCAGAAAUGGUACCAUGUUAUAGUUGUAAUAGUUAAUUGCAACAGCGCUCAGUAGAAUAAAUUUGAUUUUAUAGACAGCACCACCUUGAACCUUAAUGUAUCCAAAUAAGAUGAAAGGAUACAUUAAUUUGCCAAAAAUGUCAAAGUGCCAAGGCAUACGUUUCUGUUACUUGGCACUUUUGGAUGAGUUUAUUCUCGGCCUGCUGUACUGUGGUUUCCAGAUAAAUGCACUUGCUUCAGGGCAGCACCCUUUGAAACAUUUCUGUGAAGUAUGAUUUGAGUAAAAUACGCCGUUUGUUUUUGUAUACUGUAUCUGUGGUAAAGCUCUGGCACUGAGUAUACUGUACACUUUUGGUCAUUUUUUAGCCUUUUUGUUCUUUAAAUAACCAAAGGUCACCCUGAACAGGCAGCUCCAUAGGCCUUUAAAGUAUCACGUCGUUGACUUCUGAAAUAUUAGUCACAGCUACUUCAUUUUUUUUAUUACAUUGUUAAUAUUUUAAACAAGCAUGUAAAGCUAGAGACACGUACAGUUCAGUUCUUUCACAUCAUGCAUUUCUCUUUUCUUCUUGAGUUGUGUUAGUGUUGUUAAUGAUAGGACUGUGGAUGCAGCAGUUAUUGGGGUCCAAGAGGGCCAGUCGCUCAUUUGGCUCAAAUGCUGAAAACGAAGCCCUUAAGACCCCUACUGGGAAAAGAAAUCACGGUUGUGCAAAGUAAACACUUGAUAAAAAGAAUGUUUGGCUUGAAGUUACGACUUACGUGGCACUCUACCACAGACAGAAUAAAGUUCUUAUUUUUUAUUCA